UAUGGUGAGAGUAUUAGUAGAAUGUUGAACCGGGAGUAACUGUUAUAGCGUUUUUCUGUUGCUUGUGAGGGUCGGGAUAGUUUAUAUUUUUACAGGUGUAUUUUUAUAGUUAGUGCAAUUUAUCAAGCUUAUUUAUUAUAUAAAAAAUAUGUCAUGUGAUGCUUUCAAAAGCAUCAUAUCAGAAUUUUUUGAGUAUGAUACAACGAAAAUUGUUCACAUCAAAAGUAAGAAAGCUGGCAUUUUGAAUAGAAUCGUGCAGUUGAUCAUAAUAGCCUAUAUUGUUUGUUUUGCUGUUAUCUACAAGAAAGGUUAUCAAGAUUUCAGUACUCUAGAAAGUUCUGUCACCACCAAGGUCAAGGGAGUAGCUUACACAAACUUUUCAAAUGACAAGUUUAACCCAAAGAUUAAGAACUUUGAUGAUUACAGAAGAGUAUGGGAUGUAUCGGAUUAUGUCAUCCCUUCUUCGGAAAAUGGAGCUUUCUUUGUCACUACCAAUGUUGUUGUUACACCCAACCAGACUCAAUUUCACUGCCCUGAGGACCCAUCUGUACCUGGUGCUUUAUGUGAUCCAAAAAAUAACACUUGUGUAGCUGGUACACCUCUUCUCUUGGGAAAUGGUGUGAUGACAGGGAACUGUGUUGCUUCACUUGUAAACUCAACUGCAUACGUUUGUGAAAUCAAUGCAUGGUGUCCAGUGGAACAAGAUAUCAACCCAUUAAAAAACAAUACAGCGUUACUUGCUGCUACCAAGAAUUUUACCGUUUUAAUCAAGAAUUUUGUUGAAUUUCCAAAAUUUAACAUCCGAAGGAGCAAUAUUCUGGACACAACUAACACAACUUAUCUGUCUGGUUGUCACUAUCAUUCCAACACUGAUCCUGCUUGUCCAAUAUUUGUUUUAGGAGAUAUUAUAGCAGAAGCUGGAGAGAACUAUGAUAUCAUGGCUGUAAAGGGUGGUGUGAUUGCCAUAAUUAUAGAAUGGGACUGCAAUAUUGAUUUUGAUAUACGAUAUUGCAUUCCAAUAUAUUCCUUUAGAAGAUUAGAUGAUCCAGAAGCUAAAAUUGCAAAAGGCUGGAAUUUCAGGUAUUCCAACUAUUAUGAUGAUAACUCUAGAACUCUCUAUAAAGUCUAUGGGAUUAAAUAUGAUGUAAUUGUACAUGGACGAGCAGGAAAGUUUAAUGUGGUGCCUUUGAUGAUUAACAUUGGAUCUGGUUUGGGACUUUUGGCUGUGGCUUCAGUAAUAGGUGAUAUUAUUGUGCUUUAUCUACUGAAAAAAAGGGACUAUUAUCGAAGUAAGAAGUAUUUACAAGUUACAACUGAAGGAGAUGCAUUCGAUCCCGAGGCAUUUAUGCCUAGUGUCAGGAGAAGAAAACCUGAGAGUUCCACAUACAGUGAUCUUGACAGUGUUCAGGAUAAUUAAUCACCAUUCCAUGUUAACUUGCAAACAUACUGUGGAAGUACUACCAGUUUUAAGGUGUUUGGAGCUGAGUAUAUUUAAGAUUAAAAGUUGGAACCAAAUUUUUCUAAUUUUCAAAAUAUAUGAGUAUUUUUUAUAUACUAGGGUGAUUUUUCUAAAGAAUACAAUCAUAACUGGUAUGAUUUUAUUGCAUAGCUUGAUGGGGAAGAACACUUUAAUUAUAAAGUUUGUAUAUGUGAUUAAGAAUUAGCUUUAAUUAUAAAGUUUGUAUAUGUGAAAUCAGAUAGUGAUUAUAGCUGUUAGAAUAGCUACAUUCUAAAUUGCUUAACUUUGAAAUAGAUUCCAAGUUUAUUUCAUGUAUAAUCGGCUAAUAAUGUUUCAUCAUAAUAGUUUUACUGCAAGCAUCAAAGAACUAAUUAAACUUUUUUUUUUUAAAUAACAUCAUGUUUGAUAUUAAACAGUAUCAGUGGGUCAGAGGAGAGAUAGAGGAAGCUUAUUUUAGAAUUUUGUUUUCAGUUUUAUUUUGCAAGAACAUUAUUCCUUUUUUGAACUUAUUUUUUUGUGUACAACAUUACUAAUUCUAUAAUAAUAAUAAUAAUGCAAGCCAGUUUCGUAAUCUAUUUCAUUAGUAAAACUUAAAUGAAUAAAUUACAUCAGAGGUAUCUGAAAGUUUUGUGUAAAGUUUAUUGUAGUAAUUACCCCUAAACGUUUAGCACUUGAAAAUUUGAUUAAGUCUUUAGUACACAAAAUAUAAAACUUUGUUGGAUCACAGAUGGACUGCUUGAACAUUUUGCUACACUUGUUUAAUGCAAUAUUAUAGCAUUUCAUUCUAAAUUAUUUUUUCAUUUACUGUUUAAAAGUGGUUAUGAUUUAUAUAUAUUUACAGUUUAUAAAUAAUAGCAAUUUUCAAAAUUUUGUUUGUCUUUUAUAUUAAAAUUGUUAUAUAAGUGACUAAAAUCUUUGUAUAAAAACUGUUUGUACUUCAAGUUAUAAUUGCCCUGUCUAGAUAAAAUUAAAUAGUUUUAUAUUGGCAUUAGUAUAACAUCUGAACCCAUUAAAUCAUCCUUAUAAAUACAAACUAGUCAAAUGAGAAUAAUUUGUCUGUGAUUAAGAAUUAGCUUUAAUUAUAAAGUUUGUAUAUGUGAAAUCAGAUAGUGAUUAUAGCUGUUAGAAUAAAUUUUUACUUUUGCUUUUCAGUAUAUGAGAUGCGGAAUAGCUUUGGUUGUUGCAGAAUAUUAUGUAUUGAUUGGAUUUAAAGUUGUCACAAUUACUUACAUUGUUAUUUGAAUUACAAUAUUAUGUGCAUGGAAUUAUAUUUGGUAACUUAAGAAGUACAGUAAACAAUGUUUCUUGAUUUUGUUAAAUUUCUUUUAUUGUUACAAU